UAAAAUGAAAUCUCACAGGACAGACAGGGGGAUAAAUAUAGGUAGUCUAGGUGCCUAAUAUUAACCCACUAUGCCCUAAAUCUGGCCCCCAAUCUGAUCUGGACGUAUCAGAUGCCAAUCAAACCCCAGGGGUUGAGUUCCUUCGAUCUCGAAGCAGUAUAGAGAGAUCGCUUCCGUAUAUCGCGACUAGGGUAUAUACAACUUCGAACUUGAGUGGCGUCUAUAACCCUUACUAGCGUAUUGUGAUAUAUUAUGGUAGUCACAAUGUAGAAUCUCAUCUUUGGGUUCCGGGAAGUCCUUUCCCUAUCCCCUCAUCUUUUUUCUUCUUUCUUUCCGAGGUACGACCCCCAAAGCCGUGUCGCGAUGCCGUACCGCUCAUUCUUUUCGUAUAGCGUCACUCGCGCUUAUCCGUUGAGAUGGUUUACCCCUACGGUCAUCAUAGGCGGUAUUAUCGCGACUGCUCUCGUCUCUUUCCUCAAUGUGGCAGCGACGGGCUACGAACUCGUUCCUACCUCGACCUCAGACCCGAACUCGACGGAAACAAACGGUGUAUGGUUCUCAAAGUGGCCAUCAUAUCUAGUCGGUGCCCGCGCCUCGUGUGAUGCAGCAAAUCUACAAGUUCAAAGUACUAUUUAUACCGACAAGAGAGCGUUUCCAUACACUUUAUCAAGAGUAUGGCAACUUGGAGACGGAGGCCAGGAAGUCUAUCAGGGUUCUAUGGUAUACAAGAACAACCCAAUCCAGAAAUGUAACGUUACUUUGAUCAAGAUGGAAUUCGAAGGUCCUGGCCGAACAGCAGGACAGUUAGCAGUGGCUCCCAUGGGCGGAACAGUAACCGCGACAUCUCAGUGUUAUGUGGACGAAGGUACACCUAGCGGCCGUACUUACUUCGAGCUACUUUCAACGUACGAUGCGAUUCCUGGGCCGCGGACCGUCUCAUCGGCAUUUCUCAGCCUCAACAAAACUACCAACCCAAGUCUCUACUGGGGAUAUUCCCUCCUAAACGUGUACUGGCGAACAGUCAUGCAAUCCUUUUUCGACGAAGACAUGGCGAGGACAGAAGCCCCCUUUUUCAAGGGCAACGUCGACUUACAGCGCAACAUGACAUUAAAGGGUACGAUGGAAGAAAAUGUUCAAAACGUUGAAUUCUUGCGAGUUCCCGCAUGUUGGUUUAUUCCGUUAAACACGACGGGUGUCGCGUACCUGGAAAACCGAUAUUGCAAUUCGAGCUCCAUCACCGAGCUAGCCAACAGCCCCCACCCUGCCGCGUUUGAGCGACCGGUACCCAAUAUUUGGCAUCCAGUGGGUAUACUUGGGAAAGCAAUGUGGUUCACAGUCUUGGCGGAUCUCGGGAGGGACGACGACGAUAUGCCGAAUAUGCUCGCGAGACCGGAUCUCCUAGCGAACCUUACCUCGAAUAUGAACGAAGCGAAUAGCACGUUGCGAAAGACAUUCCGAUGGGGUUUGGAGAGUAGCUUAAUAUCCCAAAAAGGAUUUGAUCCAGCUCAAUCUCAGGACGUCCAUCUUUGGGUCAACCAGUCGCAGCUAGUCGCAGACUAUCUUUGUCAGGUCCCUCAAUUGAAGUCUGCCGGAAACCUUUUCCUGUCCGUUCUGGUAGCGGAUUUAGUCAUCCUGCAAGUGAUUUGGAAGAUAUUUACGUUGCUUGUGGAUAAGAUUUGUAUCAAGGAUACGGAAGAAGCACAAUACUGUGCUGCUUGUGCACCCGUUCCACAGAGUGUUCAAGCAGCAGGAGGAUACCAAUCUGUCAUUGGACAGGAUUCGAAGGCGAUACUAUUGGAAGAACGGAGGUCUUUAGGGACUUGACCUUGACAUCAUGGAUCUGUACAAGAAAGAAAAAAAAAUCAACACACACGGAAUAAUGCCAUUCUGCGCACUCGAGCCACUUUAUCGGAACUCCAUUAGAUGAUCCUAAGUGGAGGGGAUGAACCUGAAAGGUUGGCGAUGGGCUAGAAGGAGAGGAAAUGGUCGAAUCGGCUUCGCGUCUAUCCUACAGAUGCGUACAGGCAACAUACGUAGGUAACAAAGCUUCAUGAUGUAUACGAUGAUCAUGUUAGUUCAAAGCUUGAUGGUAUAAAGAAGGAAGUCGGU